UACGGUCUUCGGAACUACGCGCCCGAGACGGUGUCCAGCGCACCGUACCCACCGCCCAGUGGACUACCUGGUUCCUUGUCGAUGUCGGUGGGCGUCGGCGUAGGCUGCGGCUCCUCGAACCCCUUGGACUGGACCGGGCAGGUGACAGUGCGCAAAAAACGCAAACCCUACUCCAAAUUCCAGACUCUCGAGUUGGAAAAAGAGUUCCUCUUCAACGCCUACGUGUCUAAACAGAAGCGGUGGGAGCUUGCGAGGAAUUUGAACCUGACAGAGAGACAAGUCAAGAUAUGGUUCCAGAACAGACGAAUGAAGAACAAGAAGAAUUCGCAGCGACAAGCGGCGCAGGCAGCACAGAAUAAUAAUAACAAUUCAAAUGCGAAUAACCACAAUCACCACGGCGGGCACCACCAUGCGCCUCAUCAUGUCGCGCUGCACCAUGCACCGCCCGCCAAGCAUCAUCAGUGACCCGCGCCCUUCUCUGGGACCUACCCGCUGCACCACGGUAUAGCCAGUUAAAUGCGAGGACAGAUGUAGUGUUGUGUCACGCAGGUACUUAAAGGUUCCGAGGUUUUGUUCGUGUCCGGAGUGAACGUUGCUAUGCCGCUUCGUACGUAAAGACAACGAGUCCCAGAGAAUCUCAAAGUAAUAUUUAUCGUGCUGUCGGUUUGUGUAUAGUGUUAAUGACGAAUUGUUCUUGUAACUGUAACGAGACUUAGUACGUGAGCAGAUAACGAUUCCUGAUAUUAUUAAUAUCUAGUUAUAGAACGCUGAUUAUGUAUUUUGAAAAAUUAUUUAAGUAAAUAUAAAUGUAAAAUUAAAGACGUCACCGAUGGAUUGUAGAUCCUAGAUAGUUUGUCGCGAAGGGAUUUCUUGUAAUAUAUUAUCUGAGACUGCUUUACCGUUUUAUUUGUAUGCUGUUCGGACGGUGGUAUAGUCUUUAACCAGUUAACUUUUAUUUUUGUUACCAAAUUGUUGAAUUACUCGGGUCGCUUUGGUGGCAGUUAUAGAUAUGUUUGCAGCUUGUACGUUGUCCACAGACAAACUCUAUCUCAGUUGCUGGCAACAUAUUGUUUAUUUUACAUUAAUGACAGUGAUUGCAGCCCGCAU